UAUCUCUGUUAUGUGAUUCAACCUCUCUGAGACUCUGAAAGUUUCGAUCUCUCCUCCUGGUGAAGCAGGGGUGGCGAGAACCUAAUACUUAUGAUAUUGUGGGGACAGAGAGGAAUACUGACUCCAGGUGGCCAGUGUAGUGGCUUAUGUGGUGAUGGUGAUGGUGAUGGUGAUGGUGAUGGUUACAGUGGUGAUAGCAAUGAUGACUGAACCGAAGAGCAACAUGCCAAUAAUUAUGAUACUGUAGUUAAACUUCAGAAAACACGGGCUUAUGUCAAGAGAAAGGAGAAUAACCUUUUCAUCAUAUUUUAACCUUCACCGCACUUUGGACAGGCUGCUUGAAUGACCUGGUCGUGUGCACUGUGAGAACAUCUCCGCUCCCUGUGAUCUCUCUCUUUACCCUAAGUUAAGACAGUGGAAAUGGGGAAUGGGACAACUGUCCAGGACUUUACUCUGGAGGGAUUUCCUGCUGUCCAGCACCUGGGGAGCCUUCUCUUCUCAGUGCACCUGCUGGCAUACGUGGCCUCCAUCACAGGAAAUGUAGUCAUCGUCUCCAUCGUCUGCACCAGUGCCCGCCUGAAAACCCCCAUGUACUUUUUCCUCAGCAUUUUCUCCUUGGUUGAGUGCUGUUUUAUCAGCACUGUCAUCCCUAAGUUGUUGGCUAUAUUUCUUUUAGGGAAACAAACGAUUUCCUUCGUUGCCUGUUUCAUACAAGCCUUCGUCUUUGUAUUUAUUGGGGCAUUUGGUUUCCUUCUCAUAGCUGUGAUGUCGGUGGACAGGUGUGUGGCUAUCUGCAGGCCUCUCCAUUACCCCACCAUCAUGAACCUGAGGACCUGCACCCUCCUGAUCAUCGCCUGCCUUACUACGACCUUCACCCUUAUCACUUGGGUGGUAGUGAAGGUAUCCCAGUUAUCCUUCUGUGGCCCCCGUGUUAUCCCACACUUCUUCUGCGACCUCGGCCCUCUGAUCCACCUCUCCUGCUCCGACACCAGCUCUGUGGAAAGCCUGACUUUUGGUCUUGCUUUGCUUCUCCUUCUCUCAUCCCUCACUAUAACCAUCACUGCAUAUAGCAGCAUAGUCGUCACAAUCGUGCAUCUCCCAUCAGCCAAGGAGAGACAGAAGGCUUUCUCCACCUGCUCCUCCCACCUCAUCGUCCUCUCUCUGAUGUAUGGCAGCUGUAUGUUUAUAUACGUGAAGCCAAAGCAAACAAGCAGGCUAGAAUCCAACAGGGAGGCUGCUCUCAUGAACACAGUGGUGACGCCGCUUCUGAACCCUGUCAUCUACACCUUGCGCAACAAGCAGGUCCACCAGGCUCUGAGAGAGACUGUGUGCAGAAUAAAAAUAUCAAGAUAAGAAAAAAUUAUAUGUUCUUGGGGUGGAAAUAAUCAGAUUUUUUUUUCUCCAAUUUGGCAAGUGCACAAGCCUUAGCAUUUCAGAAUCACAGAAUUUGCAUGCCUUCCAUGUAAAUAUCCCCAUAAAAUGCAGGUGUUUGUUAGCUCAUGCAUACACUUUAAUGCAGUGUAUGUGCCUAAUCCACCCUCUUUAUUCCACAUAUUUCUGGCAAUAGAUUUUUGUUUGUUUGUUUUUCAA